GCUGCCCGGCUGCGCGUGGCCGCGUUGACUCUGCCAACUCCAGCCCUGCGCUGCCGGACGACAAGCUGUCGGAGCGCCACGGAACGCGCCCAGCGACCAAGAUUUCCCGGAGCAGCUCAGCUCCGCGCCAGGAAGGUUAAACUGAAAGUUCUCAGCCCUCAAGAUGGUGCCAUCCAAAUUGCAUGCGCUUUUCUGCCUCUGCAGCUGCUUCACACUAGUUCGUCCUUUUGACUGGCAAGACCUAAAUCCUGUCACCCAUAUUAAAUCGUCAGCAUGGGUCAAUAAGAUACAAGCGCUGAUGGCUGCUACAAGCUUUGACCGAACUAAAAUCCCCAGAGGAAAUGGACCUUAUUCUGUUGGUUGUACAGACUUGAUGAUUGGUUAUACUAAAAAGAGCACCUUAUUACGUUUGUAUUAUCCGUCUAAAGAUGAUACCCACCAUGACACCCUUUGGAUCCCAAACAAAGAAUAUUUUUUGGGUCUUAGUAAAUUUCUUGGAACAGAUUGGCUGAUGGGCAAAAUUUUGAACUCAUUCUUUGGUUCAAUGACAACUCCUGCAAACUGGAACGCCCCUCUGAGAACUGGUGAAAGAUAUCCAUUAAUUAUUUUUUCUCAUGGUCUUGGAGCUUUCAGGACAAUUUAUUCUGCGAUUGGCAUUGACCUGGCAUCUCAUGGGUUUAUAGUUGCUGCUGUAGAACACAGAGACGGCUCUGCAUCUGCUACUUACUAUUUCAAUGACCAAGCUGCUGCAGAUACAGCAAACAAGACUUGGCUCUACCUUAAAACCCUAAAACGAGAGGAAGAGAUUCUUGAACGAAAUAAGCAGGUACGGCAAAGAGCAAAGGAAUGUUCCGAAGCCCUCAAUUUGAUUCUUGACAUUGAUCAUGGAAAGCCAGUAAAAAAUUUAUUAGAUUUAGAGUUUGAUGUGGAACAACUGAAGGACUCUAUCAAUAGGAAUGAAAUAGCAAUAAUUGGACAUUCUUUUGGUGGAGGAACAGUUAUUCAGGCUCUUAGUGGAGACCAGAGAUUCAGAUGUGGUAUUGCCCUGGAUGCGUGGAUGAUUCCACUAGGUGAUGAAGUGUACUCCAGAAUUCCUCAGCCCCUCUUUUUUAUCAACUCUGAACGGUUCCAAUUUCCUGCUAAUAUUGCAAAAAUGAAAAAGUGCUACUUACCUGGUAAAGAAAGAAAAAUGAUUACAAUCAGGGGUUCAGUCCAUCAGAAUUUUGCUGACUUCACGUUUGCAACUGGCAAAAUAACUGGACACAUAUUCAGAUUACAAGGAGAUAUAGACUCCUAUGUAGCUAUUGACCUUACCAACAAAGCUUCGUUAGCAUUUUUACAAAAGCACUUAGGACUUCAUAAAGAUUUUGAUCAGUGGGAUUAUCUGAUUGAAGGAGAUGAUGUGAAUCUUAUUCCUGGAACCAACAUUAAUACAACCAACCAACACCUCAUUCUACAGAACUCAACAGAGUAAAGAGAGAGAUAGAAUUUAGAUUAAAAGAGUUUUUUUUUUUUAAUCUUGUUUAUGAACUGUCUAAAAGAGAGAGUGUGUGUGUGAUUUUAAUGUAUUUCCCCCAAAUAACUCAUAUUUUUGAAAUGUAGGUUAUGCUAUAAUAGUGAUUGAGGCGUGGACUAGAUUUUUUUUCCUUUAAAUGUAAAGAAAGAAUGCAGUAUACAAAAAUCAUAUAAGCCUAAGUUUUAAUUUUACUAAGGUGAUCUUUUUAUUAGUGUCACACUUAAACACUGCUUUUACAUUAACAGACAAAUGAAUUAAAACAGGCACAAUACCAAUGAAAACCUGUUGUAGUGAUGUAAGACUUCCUAAACAUAGAGUAAAAACAGAUUUUCUUGCCUUUUGUUCUCUAUUACAAGCAAUAGAGUUUUAGCAGCAUGGUAUUCUAGGUUGAAUUUGACAGCACUUCUGACUUUUAGGCGUGGUAAGAAAAAUUAGAUCAAGCUAAUGAUAAAGCCAUUGUUUUAGCACCAAUUAGUGAUACUAUACAAUUUCAGUAAGAUGGCUGAAUGGGGAGUUGACAGGUUCAAGAACAUUGGCGACAAGGAGGGAGCAGUGGAUUAAAGAAAAUUGGUUCAGCCAGUUCUGUGGCUUGGUAGUUAAGGCAGCUGGAUCCUACAUGGCUGACCAUGAAGUUUGAGUCCUGGACCUGACAGCUUGAGAAAACAUUCUUGUGUAAGUGUGUACCCAAGAUCCCCCAUAGUGGGAGAAAUAGAAGGAAAGGGAUUGCAUUGUGACCAUUUCCCACGGUGUGUGUGGAGAGUGCUUUGUCUCUGGGGAGUGCAUAUACUCUUUACCAAAAAAAAAAGCUGGUGAUUUGCAUUUUCUUUCAUUUCUGAUGUACUCUGCUAAAUUAAGGUGUCGUUGAUAUCAUAGCCACAUAAGACAGGCCAGAGACUGUAGCUAUAACAUUAAAGUUGUUACUCACCCAAAGGCUGUGAAGGAUAAUAAAGGAAGCUUUCAAAACUA